GCCUAUGCAUUGGGUGUCCAUAACAUCCUUGUUGUUGUGGCGAUAAUCCUCUUUAGUGGUAAUGGAUACUGUAAUAUUGGUAUAUAUUAUUACACUUGCGCUGAAACAUAAAAUACUUUAUUUUUAGGCCACGGUUUGUUUGAAGUAUUAUAUUGUAGAUCAAUACUUCUCUUCCUCAGUUUUCUAGAGUAACUAAAUUGGCUAGCUAGCAAGUUAGCUGCAAUUACUGUUAGCCUCAAUAAGUUCAGUAACAACGAGGCCAGCUAGCUAACGUUACAGUAGCUAGCUAACUUGCAAGUGUGUACGUAUUGACCUGCGGGCGGGGAAAAAUGGCAAACCUCUUCCAAAAGACAAAGUGGGGACAGGAAUCAGAGGGAUGCACGACGAGAGGGGACACUCAGGAGGGCAUGAGCCGAUAAAAACGGAAAAAGGAUAAUGAUUUCGCGAUACAGUAGGAGACCAGUAUCGCACAAUCUUGAGAUUCGGGGCUUAUCCCGAAGCAGCCUUGACCAUCACCCUCUCCCAGAGGAGGUAGACGAUGACUUCCUCCCCCAGCGCCUCCUCCAUGACCUUCAGGAAGCUGUCUCCACUUACAACAGCCCGGAGACGACAUCUGCAGCCUCUCGCCGGUCAGACUGUCCAACGGCCACUACUGGAGACACGACGCGGUCCUGGUCUGGGAUCCACAGCUACACAGGGACGGGUAUCUCUACAGAGAGGAGCUCUGUCUUCUCCUGGGGCUAUGAUUGUUCCUCUGCAGGGCCUCCUCUCUCUCUACCUCUCUUCCUCCCUCCCUCCCUCCAUCCCUCCAUCCCUCAGGAAUUUGACAAGGCGGCGUCGCGACAGGUGCAGCAGAUGUUUGAGGAGAUUGACGAGGAGCUUUAUGAGGGGCAGGGUGGGGCGCAUCUACGGGGGCUGCAAGAUGAGUGUCAUCAGUGGGCCUUCAGGUUCCCUCACCUACGGAUCCUGGGUAGUCAGCUGGUGUGUCCCAGUGACGAGGGCUUCCAGUGGUACGCCACUUCAGGGGAGGGGACCGGGACAGCCAGCAGCAGUGCAGCUGGACAAAAGGACAGCAUCAGUAGCAAGCCCCAGGACAAGGACAAGCCUGGCCCCUGCACAGAGAACCGUGUUUGUGUGUCCAGUCUGUGUGUGCAGGGUAGGAAGGCUGUGCUGUCCAGGCCCAGUGCGGAUGUUGACCACCCACCUGGUACUCCCCGUGGAUCCAGAGGUCAUGACAGGCCCAGGGUGAUCGAGACUGAAGGCCUGAUGGAGGAGUACCUGGCCUUUGACUGCAGGGAUUUGGAUGACAAGUGGGAGCGGGGGUGCAUGGGGGCUGGUCGGCGGCGGUACGGCCUGCCUCCGGUUUCUCCCUACCGCUGUCGCAGACAGGCAGUCCUCGACCUGCUGUUUGACGAUGUGUGGCGAGAGCUGUUUGGCUGGAUGGAGGAGCUGGUCCGCAGGCACUGGGAGGGCUGUGUGUCAGACGAUGAGAAAAAUGCAGUGAACUUCAACCAAUCCCAGUCGGAUGCUCAGAACCCUUUUCUGCUCCUGUCCACACUGCCUACCCUGCUCCCCAGGCUGGGCCAAAGCAGGGUGCCCCAGCUAACAGGAACCCCGCAACCCCAGACCACAAAAUCAAGGGGCUCAAAGCACAAGCCCAGACGGAAAUCCAAAAAGCAGAAAAAAUCAUCCACUGUAUGCAACUCUCACCUAGAGGCAAAAUGUUGCCGAUCGACGCCAUCCACAGCGUCCAGUCGGGUCCCAGUAGAGGCGGCGGUGACGCAUCACAACCUCAACGAACUCAUAGUCAUCCACGGCAUCCCCCUGCAGCAGAGGAACCUGGGAGUGAUGGAGAGAGCCCAGUAUGGAGAUCAUAAGGACCCUGAGGAGAGGGUGAUGACCCAUCGGCCAGGGUCCAUCGUGAUUCCUUUUAGCAAGCCACGUCCUCGCCGGGUGCUAGAGCAGAGCUCCUCCUCCCUGUCCCGCCCUGCCCAGUCGGCGAGACGCCGUAACCCGCCUCCACGCACCCUUUUGCCCUUGGUUCCCAGCCUGACGCAGUCCAGUGCCGCUGGCUCCAUGGAUGAGGUCAUCCGUGGGACGCGCCUACCCACAGCCAGUGACCGCCUGGCCUCUCCUCCGAUGCCUCUGAGCAGGAACACACUCCUUCCUCCCAUCGGCACAGGGGACGCUGAGCCCAGGCACUCUGGACAGCACUUCAGACCUACUCAGCGGCAUAGAGACUCGUCCAGUCGUGCCCACAGUGCUGUUACAGAUGAAGCAGGUAGUUUGCUUCCUCGGGAUCGGCUUCAUCAAUUGGACGUAUUCUCCCGUCCCAACACCACCCACACCUACAGGUCGGACACCCCUUACCGCCGCUCCUUCACGGUGCUGGACAACAUUGGACAGGGACGUCCUGGCAGGGCAUCUGUGGGUACAGACUCUCUGGGCAUCGGAGUGACGGGCAUCAGUCUGGGCAUCAGCAGCUCCUCCUUCCUGGACUCCUUUGCCCACCAACCCCUGGGCCACUCCCCCAUUGAAGAUGAUGAGGAGCCUGACACACAAGCCCCUCCCCCAGGGCGCGCCACAAGGCAAAAUACACAGCUCUACUGGUGCCUGUUUCAGUCCCAGCAAGCUCCCACAACCGGGGUGGCUUCAUGUCCCGCAGUAGCAGACCUGGGUUGUAGCUGCUUUGACCUCGCCCUCCUCCACCUUCUCCAUCCACACUCCUCAGCACAGCAGGGUGCAAGCCCUGCUUCCAAUCCCAACGGUGCCCUCAAACGACACUUUAUACAGAAGCAGAUCUUUCGUACAAUGUACUGUUUGGUGAUUUUAUUUAUUGAUGCUUUUUGUUUUUCGAGAGCCUUAUUUUUGUAUUUUGGAACUCUCCGCUUACCUGGCUGCCAAAGAUAGUAAACUGUCUCAUUUACCACCUGGAUGUUGGUAUGUACACUACCGUUCAAAAGUUUGGGGUCACUUAGAAAUGUCCUUGUUUUUGAAAGCAACGCAUUUUUUUUUGUCCAUUCCAAUAACAUCAAAUUGAUCAGAAAUACAGUGUAGAAAUUGUUAAUGUUGUAAAUGACUAUUGUAGCUGGAAACUGCAGAUUCUUUAAAGGAAAUAUCUACAUAGGUGUACAGAUGCCCAUUAUCAGCAACCAUCACUCCUGUGUUCCAA